CCAAAGGCUGGCUCAUGUUGAUCCGAGAUCCAAACAUCUGGCACUCUCACCUCCUCGAGCUUUAAGCGAUCAGUACAGUACCCAAAGCUUCUGAGGGAGCAAACACAAACAUGAUUUCCAAGAUCAAUUGGAGAUGACGCGGGAAACACAUGACCGGUGUCCGACUCCUGCUGACUCCAAUCCCGCCGAACAUGGCGGCCCAGCCCGAGUUGAGACCUCAAUCGAGGCUCCCGCACUGGAGCACGCCGAGUCGGUCCCAACGCCACCUCCUACUCCUUCCGGGUGUAGGACCAUCGACAGUGAUGGGGUUGAAUUAGACGUCUCCUCCCCCAAGCUACGGCUGUUCAAGGGGAGGUUGUACAUCGCCCUACCAAACAUUCGCCCGCCCUGCCUGAAAGAAGAGGAGACAACCCGUAUCAUCAAGCGACUCGAGAUAGAUUUGGAGUUCGCCGCUGGCAAGAUAAGGAGUAAGAGCCACCGCAAGCAUUCACGUGAAAGCACCUGGAUGAUCGACAUGCGCAUGUCCGGAGAGUUGGAACGAGGCUCUACCAAGGUCAAACUCAAACCGUGCAUCUGGAUCUUCUGCGGGAGCAGGUGGUGCCGCAAGAUCAUCGAGAAAGAUAUCAAGAAGCUCAAUUGGCGGCUACCGUGUGGCCUGAAAAUUGUGGAUGAGGGAGGACCUUUUGCGUUUCUAGCAGCAAGCGAAGAAGGCUCAAGUGUGGAUGAUUCGGAGGGUCAGGAGCCAUAUUUGACUGACCAUCGAAACGAUACCUCGCACUGUGCCACCUCCUUCGACACUCCCAAUAGCUUGGAAGACCCAAACUAUCAUGAUUCCAGGAAUGAAACCGAGUACUCUCGUCAUCCCGGUUUUGAUUGCCAUCGUCGGUCGAUGACGAGCGCUCACAGCCCAGCUGGCCCAGGCCAGCGAUCCAAAUACAAUUCAAAGGCCAACGUCUACAACACAAUCCACCGCCAAGAAAGGGAAACGAGCCCAUUCUUGCUACCGUGCGAAUUCUCCAUGACUGGAUGCGACAGGGUAUUCCACAGAGAUGAGGACAACGAAUGGAUUGCACAUAUCAUCGGCCACCUAAGGGAUAUCAUUCCGCGCAAGCUGCGCUGUUGGUAUUGUGUCAAACACACCUUUGACGCAGACAUCACGUCCGAUGGAAACAUCCGAAUCAACUUCAGGAUCCGAAUGCAGCACAUCCGCCAACACAUCCUGUUCGAUGAAAAGCCAGUGUCCUGGGCGCGACUGGACAUGUCUGUGGUCAAACAUCUGCUGCUCCACAAAUUCAUCGACGACAAGACCUUCCAUCGCCUUUCAACCGGGUGCCUCGCGAUACACAACGGUGAUGAGAGCUUGAGGCUCUCCGACGACAUGUUCCUAGAUUUCCAUGUGCAGGAGAGCGACGCGGACUCGUCGAUCGGCUUGACAUGCCGCUCUACCACCCGCAGACACAGUUCAAUCAUCUCGACAAGGUUCUCACGGAUGGGCGGCGUGAUCAGCAUCACACGAGGCUCUGAGACGACGUACUACGGCGUCACUUCCGGCCACGGCCUUGUCUGUCAGAUACUUGAAGAUACAUCCAUCAGCACCGACGGAUCAAACGACUUGUCCGAUGAAUCAUCGACAAGCUCAUUCUACGACGGAGACUCGGGCUCCGACAGGGAAUCACAAGAAAACAGCAACCAGAUUCACUAUCCAUCACCCACGGGCUCCCAGGAGAAAGUCGAAAACUGGAUGACUGCAAACGACGGCUUAGUGGCGAGUUUUUCUAACUUGCGUGCCGACUCAGUCGAUUGUCGCAUGAUCUCUCGCGAGGCGGAUUCCAUCGGCGAUAACAAAAUUUCUGGCGACCUGGCUCUCAUAAAGAUCCCCACCAGCACUGCCAAAGUUCUUCCGAAUGACUUUGUUGACCCAACAGCAACAGGGCCCAAGGGCCACACGGCAAGGGGGGAAGGGCACAGGUGUCCUGCCUCAACGGAGACUAGUGAUGACGACAAUAAGGUAUUCGUGCUAUUGGGAAAGUCAAAAUCAGUUGCAGGAUGUGUAGUUGCAGGGACGGUUCAUUUCAGUGUCAGGGGCAGGAAAAUCGAAUGUGCCAGGAUCAUGCUUUCGGAAGAGCUUGGGCUCGGGUCUUCAGGCUCAUGGGUUGUCCAAGACGAUGUCUUGUACGGAAUGGUCAUCGCACUCACUCCCAUGGACGGCUGCGCUCUGAUCCUACCUCAAAGGCGGAUGUAUGCCGACAUACAGGGAUUAUUUCCGGACGCGACCAGUAUCUUGCUCAGCUCGGGUGUGCCCGACGCCGUCCGACGCAGGGGACUGCAAAAGGCCCCAGUAGAGCAAGUCAAUCUCAAACCACAGCUGAGGGCCGGGAGAGGGAUUCGGGAGAGGAAGGACAAGGUGAAGGAGAAGGAACCAUGCUAUUUUGAGCCGUGGCAGAGGGUUCCUGGGUUAAGUAGACAUGGGAAGACGGCUAUUUUAGUGGAAAUCACCACUAAUUCGAGUGGUACGCGCAGAAGACGGCAUCCACAGAGUCGAUACUACCCCUAGGUGGCCACGACCAGAGACCACCGGGCGGUGCUAGGUACGUGCAGGGCAGCGCACGCGUUCUGUGGGCCUUGUGUGGGUAGCUACGAGUCCCUCUGUUCUAAACACACCUAUAGAUAUCCGAAGGCAAUCACUUUUACUACCUGGGUAUACUAUGAUCAAACAUGUGGUUUCUCUUCUAUCCGUUCAUAUAGUGUUGUGGAGCUACAUGCGGUCCCUUAGUGGUAGUGUCAUCUAUAUCGCUAUUAAUAGUGCAGGUAGCGUGUGCUCUUAAGUUGACACUUGGAACGCCCGCCCUAAUGGCAACGGCUGCAUCAAGCUUCACUACACACGCAACAGAUAACCAACCGCCCUGAGAACAAAACAAAUCAUAUUGAAAAAAAAAAAGACCAAAAAAACUCCUAUUUCUGAUAUGAUAUUUUGCCCACACACCCCGGAAUAAGCCGGCCCUGUCCAUGCACACACAACAACACAAGCCACCGCACUCCCCCCGAGUUUCAAAC